AACUUGUUCUUCGCAAAAACGACAUUUUCGCCAUUUGUGAGAAUAGGUGUAGUUCUUGACCAAUUUGGAUGAACAAGGUCUCGUUUGAAGACGAAGGUUCAAUUUAGGACACCUUUUUCGAAUUUUAGAAAAAGCUUUUUAUUUGUGUAUAAACUAUUCUCGAAAAAAUACCAUUUUUUAACAUGAUUUUUAAAAAAAAAUGAAACUUUCGAAACUCCACCGGAACAGCAGCGUAGACCUUCGUCUUUAAAAUGAGACCUUGUUCAUUAAAAUCGGUCAAGAAUUAUGCCUGUUCUCAUUGUUCGUGUAAACCAUUAAAAAAGCAAGAGUAGUGAACAGUCUUAAUAUAUUUUAUAUAAAUUAAUAUAGUUGAUUUAUCCAAAUUUAUGCAACAAAAUACAUACGACACAUAAACUAGAUAUAUGCCAAUAUGGAGUAUAUUUGUGAGAACGCGCAGAGUUCCAUGCGCAAAAUCUUACAAUGAGUAUAUUACUAAAUAUAUAUAUAGUUACCUAUGCGUCAUACAAGAUCGCUGUCAAAAGUUCUUAUCUUUGGUGUAGAAGUUACUGCAUAAAAUUUUAUAAUUAUCAUAAAAAAGUGUUUGAGACUAAAAUAUAUUAACAGCAUUUUUUAAGCCAAAAAACAUGGAACAAACAGGUGAUCGUCCUCAGUGGCUUAUGGAAUUGGAAAAUCGAAAAAGAAAGCCCCAUUUAGCGCAUGAAGCCGGAGCAGGAGCACCAUGCAUGAUAUGUAACGCUUUGUGUCCUGGUUUAGAUUUACAUUUUUGGCGAAAAACUUGUAAAAUUUGUAAAUGUAGCAGAGAUGAUCAUGAUGUUGUCAAUGAUGAUUUUCCUCAGUUCGAUUUAUUAUUUGGUCCAUCUGGAAAAUCAAAAAGAAAACCUAUGUUAUUGGUUAUAUCCAAUAAAAAGCAAACUAAUAGUGAAACUGUAUUUGACUGGAUACCACCAGAUACAACUAAAGAACUUGCUGUAGAUUAUAUGAAUGCUUUACCAGUAGAAAAAUUACCUAUUUCUGGAUCAACUGGUGCAAUAUUAAGAAAACAAUUACUACAAAAACAAUUGCCGUUACACGAUAUUGAUCAUAAAGCGUGUGAUAAACUAAGUGAAGUAGAGAAAAAAGAGUUGGAAAAUUAUGUUGAAAUUUUGAAAAAAUAUGCAGGACAGGGCAAAGUAAUGAAGAUGUUAGGUGCACGUCCGUUUGAUCGGUCAUUAAUGACACCAAUUAAUGCUACGGAUAUGCAACGUUUCAAUACACAACAAAAAUCACAGAUAUCUGUGACUAUACCACAACUUCGAACGCCAAGCAGCUUUACAAAAAAUAUUCCAUAUUUAAAAGUUCCUUUUGAAAAUAGAUCAGAUCCAAAUGUUAACAUGGAAACAAAGGAUAAUGAAAAAAAUGUUUUAGAUAAUAAAUGUUCCAAGCCAGCCUCAUUUCAUAAAUUAGUGAAUUCUUCUGUAACUGCUUACGAUGCAAAUUCAGAAUUACCUGUAAUUUGUCAGCACGAAUUUUGUGAACCUCUUCAUUGCAAGUACACAGAAAUCAAUCCAUGUGCUUUACCAACAACAAAUCAUGAUAAAUUUAAACAUAUAGAACAGAAUACUGUGCCUCAUAAAAGCAAUGUUGAUCUUCAGAUAGAACCACCCAAUACAGAUACAUCUGAUAAACAACCAGAAAUGAAUCUUUUCGAAGUUGCAGAUAAUAUUUUAGCAAAUGCAUUACUUCCACCUAGCGCAAUCAAUGUACAUGACAUUGUUAGUAGUACUUUAGAUAAAAAGGAAUUAAUGUUUAUACGCGAUAAACUCAAUAGCAAGUACGGUAUGCAAGAUAAUUCACAAGUUAAUCAUGCACGAAAUUUCCCACAUAAUAAAGGAGUGGACAAAGCAGUCAUUAUGGACUCUCAAAAAAAUCUUUCACCAAGUGGAUCUACGCCUAAAAGUAACGUAGUAGAUGUGACAAAAAAUGAUCCUCAACAUGGAGUUAAACCCAUAACAGCAGAAAAACUUGUAUCAAAGCCUGUUUCAGAAAUGGUUCAAUCUACUUGUGCUAGUAAUAUUGCACCAACUUUUAUUCAUGAUAAAGCAAGUUCUAUACAUACAAGAAAUAAACCAUCUAAUACUAUUUCACACUCACCACAAACACAUAAUAUUAUAAGUAAUGCAAAUUCACUUGAAAAUAAACCAAUGUCAUCUAUAAAUGCACAAGAUAAAUAUAAUAUUGAUCAUAAAGAAGUGCCUAAGAAAUCUGUAUCGUCUACAGUGCCAUCUGAUAUUGAUAAUACAAAUUGUAUAAAGGGCAAAUUAAGUGGCAUAAAAAAUGUACAAUCGGCUAUUUCUUACUCUGAGAAUUUACAAAAUCAAGUAUUCCCAUUCGAGUCGAACUGCAAAAUGAGCCAGUCCACAGAAAACCAACUAGAUAUGGAUUCUGUUAAUGGAGCUGUGAAAGGUUUAACUAUUGAAUCUUCAAAACCACAAAAUUGCGAGAAAUGUCGAAAAGACAUUAAUAUUGGUGAUGUAGUUGUAACUGUGGAUAAAGCUAAGAAUAUAUUAUGGCAUCCAGGAUGUUUUGUUUGUUCUGUAUGCAAUGAAUUACUCGUUGAUCUUGUAUAUUUCUAUUAUAAGAAUCAAUUGUAUUGUGGCAGAGAUUUUGCAGCUCUGUUAGGGAUUCCAAGAUGCUUUGCUUGUGAUGAGUUAAUUUUUGUACGAGAAUAUACCGUUGCUGAAGGCCAUAAUUAUCAUGUAAAACACUUUUGCUGCUGGGAUUGUGACAUUCCAUUAGCUGGCCAACAGUAUAUAUCUGAAAAUGAUCACCCUUUGUGUCUUCCUUGUUAUCAGAAUACAUAUGCAAAAACUUGCAAUGCAUGUAAUGCAGUGAUUGCAGCUGAUCAACAAGGUGUUGCUAUAAAAAAUUUAAAUUUUCAUGCAAUCGAAAUGUGUUUUUGCUGUUAUAUGUGUAAAAAAUACUUACUAAAUAGUAGAAUGGCAGUCAAAGAGGAUAAACUAUUUUGUAGUAAGGAUUGCAUUUCCAAGUUUUCUAACUAAUUGAAAAAUAUUACAUAUAAUUUAAUAUAAUUCAAUAUUAUCAAAAUACAAUCAAAUUUGUAUUUCUUA